AUGGACGAAGAACAUCACCACCACAACCGCAGGUUCGAGCUCGACCCACUGAUCAUCGGCCUCCUCGGGAUCAUGGUCGGAGCCGUCGUGGUCGCGACCUACCACUGCAUCCUCGUCGGCCUCCCCAGCAGACGCCAUCAAGCUCAACUUAGUAGUAAUUCCGAUGAGCACGAUCAAGAAAGUGAUGAUCGGGCUCAGAGGCCAAGACGAGCCAGGCCGGGCCUUACCCCGGUGGAGCUGGACCUUGCUGUGAUCCGUGACGACAAGGACUCGAGAGAGGAGGACGCGUGCGCCGUGUGCCUUUGCGAGUUCGACGACGGCGAGUCGGUUCGGGUGCUGCCCGAGUGCAUGCACUACUUCCACGCAGCUUGUGUCGACGCGUGGCUCUACUCGCAUGCCAAUUGCCCGCUGUGUCGAGCCAAGGCGGGCCCUCCGGCAGAUGUCGCACUCUCUGUGGCAGAAUUCGGCGGCGUUCCGGCGCCAGAGCAUCAUAGAGAGGCGGUUCUCGGGAGUUCGGAUCCAGCCAGCGGUAGUAACAACGAGGUGUAG